UUGAUUUCGUUGACUGAUUUCAAUUUUCGAUUGGAAGAGGAGAGGGAGAUAAAUACCCUCAAUGAUUUAAUGAACACAGGUCUUCAAUUUAGUUCUGAAUUAAGUAAAAUAGUGAUGUUGCCUCAAAUCGUCGAUGACGAUGACAUGAAAAAAUGGGUGAGAAAAGGGCGAGUAACCACCCAAAGCGAAUGUAUUGAAUUGCUCCUAAACUACAAGAACAUAACAUGCAUUAUGAGAUUAUCACAAGCAGAAUUGUUUGUCGGAUUUCACAUGAAACAAAAUAUCGUAAAAAUUGUUCCAGAGUUUAUUAUUUCUGUGGGAAUUGGUUAUUUUUUGGAACCUGGAUCACCGUAUGUUGAGAAACUUCAUCGAAUCUACAGAUUAUUGUGUGAAUUUGCACUAUUGGAGAAGUGGAGAAUGAAGAUGGUACCGAACACAACUUCGCAUCAAUUAGAUAUCGGGCCAGAAGGUAAUUUGCAUAAAUGGGAUGAAAAAGAUGACAUGCGAAAGGUUCUAUUCCUGCUCAUCGGAAUUUUGAUCGCUGGUUAUGUUGGAUCGAUAAUUUUAUUUUUUAUUGAACUGCUCUUUGCCAAGUGGAAGCGAGGAAAAAAUUAAGUUACGUUUCAUUUUUUGGUUAAUAGCAAUAUUUAAAUUUUUUACAAUAUUAUGAUAAUCAGUUUGCUGAG